GAUGUUCGGAUAUGUUCGUUUCAAAACUAAAUCGUUCCCACAGUCGUUGUGCCUUGUGCCUGCCGCCUGCCGUUGACUUUGUGAACGGUAUGCGUGAGGAAUGAUUUUUGUGCCAAUAAUAUUAUUCUAUAUAACCGAUUUAUGUGUUACGGUGUGCCGAAAAAGAUUAUUUCGUAUUCGUAUGAAGUGUUUUGUGCAUCAGUGAUCAAGUGGUUUGUGUUUUAGUGUGAUUACCCAUUACAAAAAGAGGAUUACUUUUAUACAAUUUAGUUGGAUAUACUCGCAUUUCGAGCUCCUAAAGCUGAAAGAAUUCGGCCGACUUAGUGGAUAAAAUGCAGUGUGUGGUGUUUAGGGGCGCCGCGGGGCAGGGACUCGGCGGGCUGGCCCGCCGACAAAGCGGAUGGCGACCCCAAUGAGAUCCAGUUCGCAAGAAGCGCCGGGCCACCGAGCGAGGGUGGCGGACUCGUCAAGGAGCGGGAACGCCACGGCGAAGUCAUCAGAUCAGAGUAUUACCACCUCUGCCACUGCGACUGUUGCUGUUACUGUACCAGCUGCACCAGCUGCAGCUUCUUCGAUUACCAACGCCAAUUCGUCAGUUGUUAGCGGUAGUACCGCCGUUACAACAACCCACCAACCGACUAGUAAUUCUAAUUUCGAAUACGAUGACAACGAGUGGGAUAUAGGUAUCGGCGAUUUGAUUAUCGAUUUGGAUGCGGAUAUAGAAAAGACAAACGAUCAGUCGGGGGGUAUGGCGGCCAACGCCGGCUCCGGGGGACCACAAGCCUCCAAAACACAAGCUACGGCUAAAAUGCACAUCGAACAUUCGGCUACUGCUGAUAAAGGUCUAAAAAUGAAAAUAAAGCGCACAAAACCCGGUACUAAAACUUCCGAAGCUAAACACGAGAUCGUCAAAUCCAACGAGCAAAACGGUAUAGUGGACCAGUCAGAUAUGAAAGGAGUUCCUAAACACGGCGGUCCACCAACAGGUGCCGGUAAUUCGAACGUACUUAGUCCAGCAGCGGCGGCGGCUGCUGCUGCGGCGGCUAAUACCAAACGUGGUUCUAGCGGUCAUCGUCGUGAUAAAAUAAGGGACAAACACAGUUCUUCUUCGUCAAAUUCUUCGAAUUCGUCACAAUCUUCGUCGUCGUCAUCGUCGUCGUCUUCUACGUCAAGCGAUAAAUCUACUACGAAAGCGGUACCCAGUGGACAAUCGGGAUCCGCUCAAAGUGCUGUGAAUGUGACCGUAUCCGAAAUGAACGGCUUAAUGCGUGUUAGUGCGCCACAAACCGGUCCACCGCGUUCGGUAUUUCCGGCUAGUACAGGACCAGGACCACCACAAGGUUCGUCAGUAACAGGCGGUCCCUCGCCCGCGGGUCCUCCGCCUAGUCCUGCAGCCGCUACCGCUCCCGGUUCCGCGUCGAAACCGGAACAAGCUAAAGUGUUAUCGUCGACGAACUCCGCUACUGGUGCUAGUGUAAGUGGUGCCGGUGCUGUUGGCGUUCAGGUGCAAUCUUCGAAUCCCGCCAAUACAGACGACAGAAGUACAUCGCCGCCUCCACCUAAAAAGGUCAAAAACGAAUCUAGGGAAGUCGCUGACGUGUGUGUAGGUACCAGCGUUGGUACAAUAACAGAACCAGAUUGUCUUGGUCCUUGCGAACCCGGUACCAGUGUUACUCUAGAAGGAAUAGUUUGGCAUGAAACGGAAGGCGGUGUGCUUGUAGUUAAUGUGACCUGGAGGGGGAAAACGUACGUCGGAACAUUACUAGAUUGUACGAGACACGAUUGGGCACCACCCCGUUUUUGUGAUUCCCCUACAAGUGAUUUGGAUAAUAGGACGCCAAAAGGAAGAGAAACACGUUCAUCGGUUCAUAGUAAACUUCGAAAUGGAGGCGGUAUUGGCAGCAAUUCGGGCGGUAAAGGCCGUCGCGGAGGAGCCGCUAACGGUUCCGGUCCAUCUACAGCCCCGUCUUCACCCACACCGUUCGUUCCGCCACGACCAGACGCAGCGAACAAACGAAAAAGCCGAGCAGGAGAAGAAGAAAGUACUCCUCAACCUGGAGGAGCUGUAAAAAAACCCAAAGCAUCAUCUGCAUCCGCUUCCGUAGCAUCUUGUACAAGUCCACCUUCGUCACCUAUAUUACUCGAAUGUCCUGAAGCGAAUUGUUCCAAAAAAUACAAGCAUAUCAAUGGCUUGAAAUACCAUCAAUCCCAUGCUCACGGACAUGGUUCUGUCGACGACGAAGAUGCUAAAGAUGUUACUUCGAUGUCUGAAAACGACGAAUCGAAUAUAGAAGCCCCUAGUCCUAGUAUGGUGGCGGUAAAAUCACCAGAAAAGGUACCGGAAAGCCCAUUGACGCCACCACAACAACAGAAAAAAGAAGAACUUCCAUUACUUCUUAGAGGUUCCAAUUUAUUAGAAGUAUCCAGUCAACCUGCCACACCUCGUAGUACUCCACCUUCACCGGCAACUCCUCAGAGCAUACAAGAAUUGCCACCUGUAGUCAGUUCACCCACCGUGCCUAUAGUAGAGCCUUCGAAAAGUGUUGUCAAACCGGGUGUUUUACGGUAUUCUUCUACUGAAGAAUAUCCAGUAGCUGUUGGAUUAUUCUCAGGAAGUAAACCUCAAGUACCAGGAUCAUCGAUAUCAAAUACGGGUUCAUUGUCAACGGCACGUUCAACUACAGUGCCUUUAGAUCAACCAGUCAAUCAACCGGAAUCUACUCCUCAACCUUCAUCUUUUGCUAAUCAACUGCAAUCCCAGUCACAGUUCACACAACCCCCAUCGAUAAUAAUCCCAUCUCAAAAUACUGUUACUGCAUCAGUACAACCGAUGUCUCCCCAUAUGCCACAAAGUCCCAAAAUCGCCCAGUUCAAGGUUAAACCGACAUCAGCUCUAAUGCCCGAAGAAAAGAAACAACAUAAUAUGUCACAAAGUUGUAACAAAACUCCAACUAUUACGAAAAAGAAGAAUAGAAAAUCUCCAGCAGGUAGUCCUCAUCCUCCGCAAUCCGAACAACCUGUUUUUAAUACAGAACAAUCAGGAAGAGACGAAGUGCAGAGUCCAGCAUAUUCGGAUAUCUCAGAUGACGGAGCCCCCGUUAUAGAAACAGACAUGUCAGAUAAAAAUAAGAGUCAAGAUAAAAAGACAGAACCUUGUCAACCUUUACCUCAUAUGACACAAUACGGUAUGUACCAUCCGUUCUACGGUCAACACCAUCAAUAUUUAGUACCCUCUGCAACGCAAGAGAAUAAACCUAAAGAACAGGAAAAACAACCAGAAAAAGUUGUCGAAAAGGAAUGUAAAAAGGAUUCGAACGAAUAUCCUCCUAAAGUGCUUCAACAACACUAUUAUCCUUAUGGAUACGUACCCGGUUAUGCUUAUAACAUGGAAGCUAAUUAUGGAGGUGUCCAGAUGGUGCAAGAUGACAAAAUGAAGGAAGAACGGCGUAAAGAAAGUCCAAGUCCCAUCGAGCAAAAUGUUAAACAACCGACUCCUAUCCCUAAUCCGAUACAAGUACCUAAUCCAGGCAAAGUUAAAGAUCCAAAUCUUAAAGAUAAACAUCCUAACGAAAAUCAUCAAAUUUUAAAAGAGAGUAUAGAAAUCAAAAAUCAGAUGAAUCCGUAUUUGUACUCCAGACAGUCGCAACAACAACAACAACAAAUAUCUCAACAACAACAGCAGCAGCAGCAACAGCAGGCGCAACAACAGGCGCAACAAGCUCAACAGCAGGCCCAACAACAGGCGCAUCAACAGAACCAGCAACAACAACAAGCUCAUCAUAAUCAAAGGGAGGACGAUGUCAGGAGGUUUUAUGUCUAUUCAGAACAAAGGCGAAAGGAAUCUCAACCAAUGUCCGAUCAUAAAUCAAGUUCAACGGCUAAUAAAGUUCAAAUGUCUCCGGGUCCGAAUAUAAAACCAAAGGAUAUAAAAAUGGAGGAGAAAAAGGAGAAGGAAAUUAAACAAGAGGGAGUGAAACCUACAAUGGAAACUCAAGGUCCACCACCUCCACCUACGUCCCAAUAUGCCUAUAUACAUCCAAGUUAUAUGCAACAGGCGCAUUACGGAGCAUUACCUUUCGAUCCAAGUCAUCCCAUGUACAGAGGAAUAAUGGUCCCUGGACCGUAUAGUGGUAGUCCCUAUCUUCACCCGCCCAUACAAAGGUAUCACGCCCCCGAAGACUUGUCUCGAGCACCGCCUCCAACCAAAACUCUCGAUAUGCUACAACAUCACGCACAAUAUUAUUCGUCUCACAAAAUUCACGAAUUACAAGAACGCGCCAUCAAAUCGCCCACUCCUAAAACGUCUAUGGCUAGUUCGAGUCCAUCGACAAACAAUACCGGCGGCGGAGCACCAGGAGGAGGCGGAGGAGGAGGUAGCGGACCGCAACCUCAAGGUCCUCCGUCGGGUCAAGUGCAGAUGAACGCACCGCCAACGUCUCAAUCUGGAGGUGUAACACCGUCAAGUGGUAAACAGACUCCAGGCGAAGGGAAGGAGCCUAGGUCUCCGCCUCCGCAGAGACAUGUACAUACGCACCAUCAUACUCACGUUGGUCUUGGUUAUCCAAUGUAUCCCGCACCAUAUGGAGCUGCAGUGUUAGCCAGUCAACAAGCGGCGGCAGUAACGGUGAUUAACCCCUAUCCGACAAAAUGAGUACUCGCGUUUCCCCCCAAAUAUCAGACUGAUAAAUAGGAAGCAGUGCUGUAGGACUUAUGCAUUCCAUAAUUUUCGUCUUUUUAUUGAAUAAUGUGUACGGCCGUUCUUAUUUGAUACCAAUUCACCUUUAUAUAAAUUUGGGAAAGUAUUCCUAACGAAAUAAAAGUAUUUUUUAUAUUUCGUGAUAAGGGUAUAGAGAAAAACGUUUGUUUAUAUAUAAAUUGUGACAUCUAUUCGAUGUAAGUAAGCUCUCUAGGAUAUCCAAUUUUUUUUUAUCGAUCCCUUUGUAUAAUAUACUAAAAUUAUUGUUUAAAUGUUUUGCGGCUGCUUGCUAAAUAUAAAUGUUAUUUGAUGUCCAGUAUCUAAACCGCGCCCCCGUACGUUAUAUAAAUAGAUAUUUUAAGUCUUGUAGAUAUAUUGUAAUGUUUUUAUUUUUUUUUUAGAACUAUUUUCUAUUAGAGGGUUUUAUACGACAACAACUUUUAUUUUGUUUUUACAAAAUAUAAAGUACAUUUUGUAAAUUUUUUCAAAUGUUCAAAGUUACAGUGUAUCCAAUUAAUUUAAAUAUCGCUUGAAAAAAUAUUUUAAGUUCGUUAGAUUAACUUUUCCAUUAAUUCGAAGAAAUAACUGCUGCAUUGCUAAGACGCAUGCGGACUAGUUGUAAAUUAUUAUUAAUUAUUAAUGAGUGUAUAUAGUGUAAAGGCAUACGUCUUUGGAAAAGUCAUGUUUAGAUGAAGUACUUGUAGUAGACUGAUAUAUGAUACUUGACCUAUUUUAAAAUGAUAAUUGGCAGUAAAAUAUAUUAGAUGAUUUUAUUGAA